AUGGAAACAAAAUCCGAAGGAAAAGAGGAAGACACUUUGUACGCAUCCAUUCUCUUAAGAGGCGCUUCCAGCAUAACUUUUCAGGUUCCAUGGUUUCCUGUACGGGAAUUGAGCGGGUUUGAACUCUUCAAGUACAAGCUUAGACGGCGUCUCAGAAACUAUACACCCGACUGGAAGUUUCUCUCAUUCAGAAGCAGGACAUUUGUCAAAGCACAUCGUGGUGUGCGCUAUCAGGAGGCCCUGUCCAUGGAGUUUAUUGCACAAAACACAACGAUUCCAGUGCCCCGAGUGCUUGAUGUUUAUACUGUCAAUGGAAUUGUGCACAUUGUUCAAGAACGUAUCCCAGGUCGCGUUCUGCAAAUAGACUGGGAUCAUCUAUCAACCGAAGAGAAGCAAAGCUGUAUGCUACAGAUCAAAGACUUUUUUACUCAAUUGCGCAGCCUCAAGCCUCCCCACCCAGAACACGUUCAAUCCGUUGAUGGCUCUGGUCUCUCGGACAACCGUAUAGAAAACUACAUCUGGGGUCCAUUCUCCAGCCACGAUGAAUUUCAUAAAUUUAUGCAUCACGACGUUUUCCGUCAACGACCGCACCACUACCCCAAUCUCCAAGAACCCCUUUCUAAAGUACAAGGGAAGAAAUACAAGAGCGUGUUCUGUCAUGGCGAUCUUGGGCCUCAUAACAUCAUCUGGAAUGAUGGCAAAGCGGUUUUUAUCGAUUGGGAAAUGGCGGGCUGGUUCCCAGAAUAUUGGGAUUAUAUUCGGACACAUGAAGCUCGUUGGUGGUUCACAAGUUGGUUGGAUAUGUUCAAGGAAGCAGUGGACAGAUACGAUGAUGAAUGGGAUGUCCAAUUUGCAAUGAAAGGGUAUUUUGCUUUCCGAUAG